CACUUUUGAGUUUAAUCCAGGACCACUGUGGUCAUAUCUGGGAGAAGUGCUGAGACCCGAGGAAGGGGAUCAACUUUUGAAUCUCCCAGGUAAUCAAUACCCAUUGUGGAAGCAUGGCCACCAUUGGGUCUUCUGGUCUGCAUCCUGGAGAAAGAGCCUCAAGCUGCCCACAGGAGGGCAUGCCAAGGCCCUCAGGUAGCUUAGAACUGGUGCAGGAAUGCUUGCAACAAUUCAAGGUGACCAGGACGCAGCUGCAGCAGAUCCAAGCCAGUCUUCUCUGCUCCAUGGAGCAGGCACUGAAGGGACAGGACAGUCCUGCUCCUUCUGUCCGGAUGUUGCCCACAUACGUGAGGUCCACACCACACGGCACUGAGCAAGGAGACUUCCUGGUGCUGGAGCUGGGGGCCACAGGGGCUUCAUUACGUGUGUUGUGGGUAACACUGACAGGCACCAAAGAACAUAGUAUGGAGCCCCGGAGCCGGGAGUUUGUGAUCCCUCAAGAGGUGAUCCUAGGUGCUGGCCAGCAGCUCUUUGACUUUGCUGCCUGCUGUCUCUCUGAAUUCCUGGAUGCCUACCCCGUGGAGAAUCAGGGUCUGAAGCUUGGGUUCAAUUUUUCUUUUCCUUGUCACCAGACAGGCUUGGACAGGAGCACCCUCAUUUCCUGGACAAAAGGUUUUAGGUGCAGUGGUGUGGAAGGACAGGAUGUGGUCCAGUUGCUAAGAGAUGCCAUUCAGAGGCAGGGGACCUACAGUAUUGAUGUGGUAGCCAUGGUGAAUGACACAGUGGGCACCAUGAUGGGCUGUGAGCUGGGCGCCAGACCGUGUGAAGUUGGGCUUAUUGUAGACACUGGUACCAAUGCUUGUUACAUGGAGGAAGCGCGGCACGUGGCCGCUCUGGAUGAAGACCGUGGGCGCACCUGUGUCAGCAUCGAGUGGGGCUCCUUCUAUGAUGAAGAGGCCCUAGGGCCAGUACUGACCACCUUCGACUAUGCCCUGGACCAUGAGUCCCUGAUUCCUGGUGCUCAGAGGUUCGAGAAGAUGAUUGGAGGCCUUUACUUGGGUGAGCUGGUACGGCUGGUGCUGGUCCACUUGUCCCAGCAUGGGGUCCUCUUUGGUGGCUGCACCUCUCCUGCGUUGCUGAGUCAAGGCAGCAUCCUCUUGGAACACGUGGCUGAAAUGGAGGACCCGGCCACUGGGACAGCCCACGUCCACACAAUCCUGCAGGCCUUGGGUCUGAGCCUGCAGGUCUCAGAUGGUGAACUCGUGCAGUGUGUGUGCGUGGCUGUGUGCACGCGGGCUGCCCAGCUCUGUGCGGCUGCCCUGGCUGCAGUUCUAUCCCGCCUCCAGCGCAGCAGGGAGCAGCAGACACUGCGUGUGGCCGUGGCCACUGGAGGACGAGUGUUUGACCAACACCCCAGGUUCCUCUGCAUCCUUAAGGAGACAGUAAAGCUCUUGGCCCCAGAAUGUGACGUCUCCUUCAUCCGCUCUGUGGAUGGUGGUGGCCAGGGUGUGGCAAUGGUGACAGCUGUGGCUGCCCGCCUGGCUGCCCACAGGCGCAUCCUGGAAGAGACCCUGGCACCAUUUCAGCUGACCUUGGAGCAGCUGACAGUGGUGCAGGCACAAAUGCGAGAAGCCAUGAUCAGGGGGCUUCAAGGAGAUGCCUCCUCCCUCCGAAUGCUGCCCACUUACGUUCGAGCAACACCGGAUGGCAGCGAGCGAGGUGAUUUCCUGGCCUUGGACCUAGGGGGCACCAACUUCCGAGUCCUGUUGGUGCGUGUAGCCGAGGGCAGUGUGCGGAUCAUCAACCAGAUCUACUCUAUUCCUGAGUGUAUAGCCCAGGGCUCUGGACAGAAGCUCUUUGAUCAUAUUGUGGAUUGUAUUGUGGACUUCCAGAAGAGGCAGGGCCUUAGCGGACAGAGCCUACCCCUGGGUUUCACCUUCUCUUUCCCAUGCAAGCAGCUUGGCCUGGACCAGGGCAUCCUCCUGAACUGGACUAAAGGGUUCAAUGCAUCAGGCUGUGAGGGCCAAGAUGUUGUGUAUCUAUUACGGGAAGCCAUUAGGCGCAGACAGGCAGUGGAGCUGAAUGUGGUUGCCAUUGUCAAUGACACGGUGGGGACCAUGAUGUCCUGUGGCUAUGAUGAUCCCCGUUGUGAGAUGGGCCUCAUUGUCGGAACCGGCACCAACGCCUGCUAUAUGGAAGAGCUCCGGAAUGUGGCAAGUGUGCCUGGGGACUCGGGUCGCAUGUGCAUCAACAUGGAGUGGGGCGCCUUUGGGGAUGACGGCUCACUGAGCAUGCUCAGCACCUGCUUUGAUGCGAGUGUGGACCAGGCAUCCAUCAAUCCAGGCAAACAGAGGUUUGAGAAGAUGAUCAGUGGCAUGUACCUAGGAGAGAUCGUCCGCCAUAUCCUCCUGCAGUUAACCAAUCUCGGAGUUCUGUUCCGGGGCCAGAAGACUCAAUGCCUUCAGACCAGGGACAUCUUUAAGACUAAGUUUCUCUCUGAGAUUGAAAGUGACAGCCUGGCCCUGCGUCAGGUCCGAGCCAUCCUGGAGGAUCUGGGGCUGACUCUGACAUCCGAUGAUGCCUUGAUGGUCCUAGAGGUGUGCCAGGCUGUGUCUCGCAGGGCUGCCCAUCUCUGUGGGGCAGGUGUAGCUGCCGUGGUGGAAAAGAUUCGGGAGAACCGGGGCCUGCGGGAGCUGACGGUGUCUGUGGGAGUUGAUGGGACGCUCUAUAAGCUACACCCCCACUUCUCCAGGCUAGUGUCGGCGACAGUCCGGAAGCUAGCCCCUCAGUGCACCGUCACCUUUUUGCAAUCAGAGGAUGGGUCUGGCAAAGGUGCAGCCUUGGUCACUGCUGUUGCUUGUCGCCUUACCCAGAUGGCCCACAUCUGAGGAAAUCUCCAAGAGUGAUGGAAUCACGCUGGACUAAGGCUUCAGUCUACCCUGAUCCUCUGGCAGGCCCAGCCCCCCACAACUCCCAAAGAAACCCAUGAGUGCCCCCCUUAUAACCGUCUGCCCACACCCAGUGGCUUUCUGAGAGAAGUGACACUCUGGUUAGCAAUAUAUAUAUAUAAUUUAUUUACAUUCA